AUGGUUUCCAUGCAAGAGGGCUUUGAUAAAGAUCAAAGUUUCCAGAACAAGAAGUUGCUCCAGAAGAACCUCAGGUUGUUACCUCCUCCAGGAGGACACCGAGUCUUGUUCCACCGUCAGAUGGACUCUUCCAGCGAGGAUGAAAGUCAUGGUCUGCUUGAAGUGAUGAGCAGUAAAUUCCAUAAGUCCACCAGCCUCCAGCAGCACGGAGAUCAGGACAACGGGAGUCACGCUCACACCAGGAAGUGCUGGCAAGACUACAGCGGCUCCCCCAAGAACUGGUCAGCACUUCUGAUUCUGGCCGUCAUCGCCAUCACCGUGAUGGGCAACAUCCUGGUCAUCCUGGCCGUCUCCCUGGAGAAGAAGCUGCACAACGCCACAAACUACUUCCUGAUGUCCCUGGCAGUGGCAGACAUGCUCCUGGGCCUGCUGGUCAUGCCCGUAUCCACUGUGACAGUCCAUUACAAUUACAGCUGGCCUCUGCCUUCUCACCUCUGCCCUGUGUGGAUUUACCUGGAUGUGUUCUUCUCAACAGCAUCCAUCAUGCACCUGUGCGCUAUCUCUCUGGACCGAUACAUUGCCAUCCGCAACCCCAUCCACCACAGUCGUUUCAACACGCACACAAAGGCUCGCAUCAAGAUCAUGGCAGUGUGGACCAUCUCUGCAGGCAUCUCUAUGCCCAUUCCAGUGAGGGGUUUGCGCAACCAUGCCAAGGUGUUCAAAGACGGCAGCUGCCUACUGACGGACUAUAAUUUUGUGCUGGUGGGAUCCUUUGUGGCCUUCUUCAUCCCGCUCACCAUCAUGCUGGUCACAUACUUCCUGACCAUCAAGGCCCUGCAGAAUGAAGCCACCUUGUGUUUGCACCAGCUGGUGCCGGCGUUUGCGCUGAGUUUCUUCCCGCGAAGCUCGCUGUCUUCAGAGAAGCUCUUCAGGCGCUCCAUCAGUAGGGAGGGCGGCAGCAGAGGGAGCGGUGGCGGUCUGUCGGGAGCACGGGGGAGCGUGUCUGGUUCUUUGUUUGUCCGCCGCACCCUGUUGUCCAUCAGCAACGAACAAAAAGCAUCCAAAGUCCUCGGCGUGGUGUUUUUCCUCUUUGUGGUCAUGUGGUGUCCCUUCUUCAUUACCAAUGUGCUGGUGGUGAUGUGUGCCCCGACCGACUGCAACGCUGGCCUCAUGGGAGGCCUGCUCAAUGUUUUUGUGUGGGUGGGCUACCUGUCCUCUGCUGUCAACCCGCUGGUCUACACCCUGUUUAACAAGACCUACCGCGCGGAGUACACACCCAACAAGAAGCCCCUCCAGCUCAUCCUGGUCAACACCAUCCCGCCCCUUGCGUUCACCUCCAUUGGCACGUUAGGCCACGCAGCUGCACCCUCUUUUGGGGAGAUGAAGGAACUCUCUUUAGCCGGGCAGGAGGAAGAACCUGGUAGGAGCCUCGGCGGGAAGAAGAUAGAUAAAGAUGAGAGUUGUGUGUGA